AUAUCCGAACCAGGAACCCGAUGUCGGGGCUCUCGCUCUUUCGUGGCGCCAGCCCCGCGCCUUCCCUCGCCGUCACCGGCACCGCUGCCUCCGCCGCCGCGCGCUUCUCCAUUCCACGAGCGCGUCUCCACGCACUCCGCGCUCCGGCAACGUUCCGACACUCGUACCGAUGGACGCUGUUUCCUCGAGACAAGACUUCGGCUUUGAUCGCUCGGCGUCGUCCUGUUGGUUGUCGAAUGAAAGGAGAAUCAUCAGAUAUCACUUCAGAAUUGGAGCUUGGUAGGCCAGAAGGAAAGAAACUACCAAACAAACGUGUGAAUGGGAUAUUCUGGAUCCUACUUAUUAACCUUGGAAUUUAUGUUGCAGAUCAUGUGUUUCAGGUUCAAGGGAUCAAAUCGCUAUAUUUGUACCACAGUUGGCCAGCUUGGUAUCAAUUUGUGACGGCAACAUUCUGUCAUGCCAAUUGGAACCAUCUAUCAAGCAAUCUGUUCUUCUUGUACAUUUUUGGGAAGCUUGUUGAAGAGGAGGAAGGAAAUUUUGCAUUGUGGAUAUCCUACAUCUUAACUGGUGCCGGAGCAAACCUUGUCUCAUGGUUAGUUCUUCCAAGGUUUGCAAUCUCUGUGGGAGCAUCCGGUGCUGUCUUUGGACUCUUUGCUAUAAGUGUACUUGUGAAGUUAUCAUGGGACUGGAGAAAAAUUCUUGAAGUUCUCAUACUCGGACAAUUUGUUAUCGAUAAGGUUAUGGAAGCAGCACAAGCUUCAACAGGGCUGGUGGGCCCUUUAGGCCAAGGUUCAUCUUUGCAGAAUGUGAAUCAUAUAGCUCAUCUCUCUGGUGCUUUGGUUGGUGUUGCUUUAGUCCUUUUCCUUUAUAGAAUUCCUACACAGCCUUCUGAUCUGGAUUCAAAGGAUGGAAAUGGUAAACAAACUUGAUUUUUUUUUUAAAUAAAAAAUUUUUGAAUAGCAAGGCAUUGGUUAGAACUCAAGUCUCAAUUGGAACGCUUUUUUUCUUUUUAUAAUUUUUUGUAAAUGUUUUAUCAGAUUUAUUGUUUAUUCUAUAUGAUGACUCUUAAUUGAGCUCUGUUAUACCUGUUCAUUGAGAUUGUUGUACGAUGUACACGAUCACUCUUUAAGUGAGCUCCCUUUUGGCCU